CCACAGAAAUUAGCAUGUAGGCAAAUUUGCCAAUGGGAGUGAGGAAAUCUCACCUUAUCCACACUCCAACCACAGCCUCAAUUCCAUAUCACCAUCCAAACCUUCCAUGUCAGACAUAAUCAGCUGUCCAUAAACCAAAAAUCCACUCUCCAUUCUUUCUAAGCUAAUCCCUGCUCAUCUUUAGUGACAAAGAUUUUCUUUUGAUCAAGAAAUGGCAACCAUGAACUCCAGUGUAUUGGCUUGCAACUAUGCCAUUUCAGGCAUGGGGUCAUCAGACCUCAGCUCAAAGCUUGUUUCUGUGCCAUCUUCAGUUGCAGUUGGUCAGAAACUGCCAAUAAUCAAGGCACAGCAAACUAGAGUUUCUGUAUCAAAAGAAUCAGAAUCCCAAGGAAGAAGAGCAGCAAUGCUUUGUCUUGCAGCUGCCCUGUUUACAGCUGCUGCUUCCACUUCCUCUGCAAAUGCUGGUGUAAUUGAGGAAUACCUUGAAAAGAGCAAAGCCAACAAGGAACUGAAUGACAGGAAAAGAUCAGCCACAACCGAUGCAAACUUUGCAAGAGCAUACACGGUUCAAUUUGGCACAUGCAAGUUCCCUGAAAACUUCACUGGCUGCCAAGACCUGGCCAAGCAAAAGAAAGUGCCCUUUCUUACUGAGGAUUUGGAGCUGGAGUGCCAAGGCAGGGACAAGUUCAAGUGUGGUUCAAAUGUGUUCUGGAAAUGGUGAACUAUGUAAAGUAAUUCCCAGGAUGACCUCUCUAAGUUAUAAGCUCCCAGAAAGAUGUAUCUAAAUUUUUGUCAAGCACUUCUAAUUGGAUCUAAAUUGUAAUGAUCUUCUCUGUGAUCUUCUUUCAUUAUGCUUCUAUUAUUUCUUUUUUUCUUCUGUAUGCAUAUAUUUUCUUCUUAGUGAUGAAUGUAACCACACGGACAUGGAUCUUGGAUCCACCAUCAAAUAACCUUGAGGUGGCUUUGUAUGCAAAUUAUCCGUCCUUGAAAUUUUUAAACAAAGAA